UCUACUUUACUUUACUUCAACUAAGUACAACUCUGCUUCUCAUGUGUAGCGAGGGCAAAACUAUCUCAAUUGUAGGAGAGUCUGUAUUUUUCCAUCUGCUGUGUUCUGCUAUAGUUGGAUACACCAAUGCUGCCCUCUGCCAGCCAGUUCACAUGUGCCCUCCACAACUAAAUUUUACCAGUGACAUGAAGCAACAGCUUGUUUUUCCUGUGUUUUCCACAUAGGCUUCACAAAUUCGACCUUGGGCCAGGCACAGCUGUUUGACUUGCAAUUAAUUUGAGCCAAAGUAGAACGUUAUGUAUCUGAAGGGUAUGAUAAAUGGUUCUGUACUGUACUUCUCGCAGUGAGCGUAGCAUUCCCUAGCGCGCGCAGGUUAUUGACAGGGCUAGAGCCAAUCAGAGGGGAGGCGGCUAUGCUCGAGGAACGUAGGGGGUGUGUUUGCACAGACACGCAGAAGAACAGGAUCAGGCUGCUGGUGAUGGUGAAGAUGGCGGAUGGUGACAGUGGGAGUGAGCGCGGUGGAAGCAGCGGUGGCGGAGGGGGUGGAGGCAGUGGAUUUCACUUUCAGAGAGAUCAAGAGACGCAGGAGCUGGCCUCCAAGCGUCUCGAUAUCCAGAACAAGCGAUUCUAUUUGGAUGUAAAACAAAAUGCGAAAGGCCGUUUCAUUAAGAUCGCAGAGGUUGGAGCCGGUGGUUCCAAAAGUCGACUGACACUUUCCAUGUCAGUUGCGGCGGAAUUUCGUGACUAUCUGGGGGAUUUCAUAGAGCACUAUGCCCAGCUUGGACCCAGUAGUCCAGAACAAAUCGCCCAGUCUUCCGGGGGCGACGAUAGUGGGCCGAGAAGGGCACUCAAAAGCGAAUUCCUGGUCAGAGAGAACAGGAAAUACUACCUCGACCUAAAGGAGAACCAACGGGGCAGGUUCCUCCGAAUAAGACAAACAGUCAAUCGUGGGCCAGGGUACGGUGGUGGCGGAGGAAAUGUACCUGGCGGUGGGAUGCAAUCAGGUCAGACCAUCGCGCUUCCUGCUCAGGGAUUAAUUGAAUUUCGUGACGCCUUGGCUAAGUUAGUAGAUGACUAUGGAGGCGACGAUGACGAAUUGGCAGGAGGUGGUUGCGCUGGGGGCUAUGGUGAGCUUCCUGAGGGCACUUCCAUCACAGUCGACUCCAAACGGUUCUUUUUCGACGUUGGAUCUAACAAGUACGGCGUGUUUAUGCGCGUGAGCGAGGUGAAGCCCAGCUACAGAAACUCAAUCACGAUUCCGUUUAAGGCCUGGAGCAAAUUCGGUGGUGCGUUCAGUCGUUACGCCGAGGAAAUGAGGGAGAUUCAAGAUAGGCAGAGGGAUAAAAUGUACGAGAGGAGAGAGGAGGAGUCAGAGGGAGACGACGUUGAUGACGACUGAUCUGGUCAGCUGUUGACCAGCUUCUGCCUCCAACACGGGGCAGAAAUUGGAACGACAUGUAGGCCUAGUGCAUGAUGAUGAUGGUGAUGAUGAUGAUGAACUGAGCACUGUUUAUUCCAUAGUAGGUAAAGUUUGGACUAAGCAAAUUAAACCAUUUCGGGAAAAGUAUAAUAUUAUGCAAUUUGGCUAUUUCAGUAGAUGUAGACCAUAGCCUAGGCUAUGGUGGAAAACAAUGAGUCUAUGGAAGUUUGUGAUGUCAAGUAAACCUUUAAUCCCCAUAACCCAACAUGCCCAUGUGUAAAGAAUAACAAGAGUGACCCCUCUGUGGACAGUCUAUAUGUAUAGGGAUAUAGGCUAUCCUGAUAUAAAGGACAGAAACAAACCAGCAGCUGUAGGGCCUAAAUAUCAGGCCUAGGCUAUAUCUUACAAUUGUGCUCAGUGUUAAGCCUACCACAUCUGGUGUUGUUUUUGUUCUUAUAUGCAGAGGAUUCAGAGACGAUAUGUGAUCAUAACAUGUGAAAUGUAUUACCUUGUAACCUUUUGGAGUAUAUUAUGGAGUAAGCAUGUCUAAUAGCUGUAGACACUACUGGUGCUCCUUAUCAUGUCAGAGUGCAGUUGAUCGGAAAUUUGCACAGUAUAGGCCUACUGAAAAGAUGCUAUUCUCCCUCAGGAAGGAGGUAGACUCAUCAAUUGGUGCUCAUUCCUUUUCUUUUCUUUUUUUUUAAACUCUUCAACAUAAAAUAUUAAUCAUGGUCUAUUACAAGUCUAUAACAAGAUGCACCCUACUUACGAGCAUAUAAUUCAUCUAUAGGAAUGAAUGUAGUUUAUUUUUUGAUUUUUUGUUGUUGUUUUCUUUAUUUCAGUCAUCACUGAAUGUCCUUGACAAAUGAUUGAGAGUGAAAUAGAUUAAACUAAGAUUAAGCACAAUUUAGUUGUGUUGGACUUGACACAUGACUUGGUCCUACAGCAUGAGAAAAGGGAAGUGCUAAAUUGCGGACCAGUCUUACUGAAAAGAAAGAGCACUUCAAAUGAAUAUACAGAGUAAACUGGAAAGAGGAUUAUACUUUACGGAAACUAUCCAAGUUAGAAAAUAGUUAUUUUUAAAAUGCAUAGAAAAAUAUAUACAUAGAACUAUAUUUAUAUUACAUAUAUGUGAGCAAUGCUAAUGCUUCCUGAACUUACUGAAACACAUUUAGCUCGGAUGCAAUUAACCAGGGGAAAAUACAGUCAUUCUAUUUCUUACCAGUCCAUAUGACAUUUGCAUCGUUCCUUCCUAUACACCAGACACAAGACAUUUCUGCUGCAUCCACAUAGCAAAGAAUCAGGUUUUCAGGUUAUUGGUAUUCUUUUAAGCACUCCUACACAUUUUUGUUUGAUAGUAAAAAAAAGAAAAGAUUUUGAACUGCUGAGUUAUCAUUCUCUGCAUUGCUUGGAUGUAACAGAACUGGAUUGAGUUUGCAUUGGGUGAUUGUCUUGCACAUAAUUUCUCCCAGAAAGACUUCACACAACAUACACAGUAAAUAUUGCAGUGUUAAUUUAACACGUUGGCCUACACAGUUGAAGUCAACACUCAUGUUGCUCCAGCUCUCAUGAGUGUUGAAUUAACUCUGUUAAAUGUACAGUGUAAUUGGGGCCACAGUGUGUAGAGAUGUGAGACUAGCCCUUACGAAAAUCGACCAUCGUUAUACUGUAGUAACCAUGGUUUUACCAUUGUAUGUCAUGGUUACUCUAAGUACUCUGAGCCAACCAUAGUAUUACUAUGGGUUAUCCAUGUUUUUUUUUUUGGUAACCAUGAAAACUGUGGUUCCUGACUAACCAUUGAACAUGGUUAUUCAUGGUUUAGCCAUGGUUAAUUGUGGAUUUCAUGGUUACCCAAAAAAAACAUAAAAACUUGGGAGUUGGACUGAAGAUCAAAAAGUUGCAGGUUCGAAUCCCUCCCUUACCUCUCCCUACACCUCCAUCCAUGGCUGAAGUGCCCUUGAGCAAGGCAACUGACCUGACACCACAUUGCUCCAAGGACUGUAACCAAUAUGUGUGGUGAAUAAAAAAAGCGGCUGCUAAGUGUAAUUCAAUGAAUAAUUAUAAACCGUGGUAAAACCAUGGUUACUUUUCAAAGUAAAACCAUAGUUCAUUUUAUAGUUAAACCAUAGUCAAACCAUGAUUGAACCAUAGUAAAAAGAAACCGUACCAAACCAUGCUAAAAAAAACACGAAAACCAUGAUUAACCAUGGUCGAUUUUCGUAAGAGGUCCCAGCCAGGCUUGUCUCCCCAUGUGCUCUCCAUGUUAAUCGAUUGCUCUUUUCACUGCAUGCUUCCUUUCUUUGGGAACUGCCCCGUGUUCCUCAGUUGCAUUCUACAGUUGCUGUAUGUUCAUAUUUACCAGUGGGUUCUUCAAACUUUUUGUUUGGUAAAAAACAGAGAGAAAAAAAGGAAUAAAAUGUUUACCUGCGUUUAACUUUUAAAAGAUUGUGGCGUUUGUUGCACUUGGAAAAAAAAGAACAUUGUGUCUGUUGAGCUUGAUGUGAACCUUUCUUUUCCUUUUCUGUUGAAAUUAGUUUUGUCACAAUGGCAAAGAAAUAACCAUUGAAGCACCCAGCAGCAAUAUGAGUCCGUUUUAUAGUUAAUAACAUCUGUUACAUGUUGUCUACAUCUUUAUUUCUGUACUGUAAGUGAAAUGGCAGCUGUUUGUCAUGUGCUCUGCUGUAAAACAAACAAGAAAACAGAACAAACAAAAAUAAUGUCCUUUCAAUGGAAAAAAGCGAAUUCUUUGCUGAAUAAAUGGGUUUAUAAAGAUGACCGACUGUAUUGAGAAUGUGUUUGAUUUGUGAAGUGUGAAUGGAAACAUCAUCCUUCAGCUUGAAGAGUGAAAUACCUAACAGUAAAUGAACCACAGCAUUUACCAUUAGAUGGCACACCUUUUGAAAGUUUCACUUUGCUUGAUACAAAACUAACAUCCCUUCUGAAUCUCCUGAGUGAUGUUGUACAAUACACCUUCAUGUUGGAUGCUUCAAGGUAGGCUGGGGAAUCACCUCUCAUGCAAUGCCCAGCUUUUGUUCAUUUCUAGGACAUACCAUGUGCCGAAUGCAAGCUCUGCAGUGCAUUUUAUGCAGUGCCACCCAGCAGUGAUGCUAGAUAAGGGGCAGU